UGUACUGUACGGCUUGUACUCAGCCUUCAUGGGUGGGUUCAUCUAUACGUUUCUGGGAACCUCCAAGGAUGUAACCCUGGGUCCUACUGCCAUCAUGUCCCUGCUGUGUGCCUCCUACGUGGGGGGAGACCCGGUCCGAGCCGUCCUCCUCAGCCUGAUCUGUGGAACCAUACAGACUGCCAUGGCUCUACUACGUUUGGGGUUUCUUCUGGACUUCAUCUCAUUUCCGGUGAUCAAAGGCUUCACCUGUGCUGCCGCGGUAACCAUAGGCUUCGGUCAAGUCAAGAAUGUGCUGGGACUGAAGGACAUACCUCAUGAGUUCUUCCUGCAGGUCUACUACACCUUCUACAGGAUACCUGAGACCAGGAUAGGAGACGUGGUUCUAGGUCUGCUGUGUCUGUGUCUGCUGGUGACGUUGCAGUGGAUGAAGAGGACCCUGGAACCCCCGUCAGAACAGGAGGCCCUCCUCACCCGGGCCGCUCACAGUCUGGUCUGGGGCAUCGCUACCGUGCGUAAUGCGUUGGUCGUAGUGGCGGCGACCUUCCUGGCGUUCUCAUGGAACGCGUUUGACUCACCGGUCUUCACCAUUACCGGGAAAACAUCCCAGGGCCUGCCGCCGUUCAGAGCCCCUCCCCUCUCCGAGACCACGCCCAAUGGUACCAGCAUCAGCUUUGGAGAGAUCAUAGAUGAUUUUGGAGGAGGGCUGGCUGUCAUCCCCUUCAUGGGAGUACUGGAGAGCAUUGCCAUCGCUAAAGCCUUCGCCAGUCAGAAUGACUAUAGGAUCAAUGCCAAUCAGGAACUGUUUGCUAUUGGUCUAACCAACAUUAUGGGAUCCUUCGUCUCAGCCUAUCCGGUCACAGGAAGCUUCGGAAGGACUGCAGUGAACUCCCAGACAGGGGUGUGUACACCAGCCGGAGGCAUAGUCACUGGUGUGGUAGUGCUGUUGUCCCUGGCCUUCCUGAUGCCAGCAUUCUACUACAUCCCUAAAGCCUCUCUGGCAGCAGUCAUCAUCUGUGCUGUGGCUCCCCUGGUCGACUACCGUGUCGUCAUGCAGUUCUGGAGGAUACGCAAGCUUGAUCUGGUGCCGUUCCUGAUCACCUUCCUGUUGAGUUUCUGGGAGGUGCAGUACGGCAUUGUGGGAGGUGUAGUUGUUUCUGGACUCAUGCUGCUCUACAAUGUAGCCAGGCCCAGCAUAAAGGUGUGUGAUCAUGGUGUUUUGGUGAUGGAGUUAGAUAGUGGACUCAGUUUCCCCUCCACAGAGUACCUCAACACUGUCCUAUACACUCAGGCACUGCAGGCCUCUCCUCCUAGGUCAGUGGUCCUGGACUGUCAUCAUGUCAAUACUGUAGACUAUACAGUUGUCAACGAGCUCAGGGACCUGCUACGACAGUUCAAACUACGAGGGGUCGGACUCAUCUUCUCUGGCCUGCAGUAUUCGGUCUUGGAGGUCCUGUUGGCAGCAGACCUGCCGGAUCUUAGACACACCGCCAGUGUGGAGGCGGCACUAACCAUCCUAUCGGAGCCAACGUACACAGAGGAACUGGAGGACGGGAAAUCACUUCUCAGGAAGUGAUGUAAGGAAAGCAGCCCCACCCUCUCAGCACUUAACUUCCUGUUUGUGUUCCAAAUCAAAAUUCCAAAUCCUUUCCAAGCCCCUACCCAUGUGUCCCAAUCCUGGUCCCACGGACCCUUAAGGGGGGCACAUUUUUGUUUUUUGCCCUCGCACUCACAAACCUGAUUCAACCAAAUGCUUGAUGAGAAGUUUAUUAGUUGAAUUAAGCUAAAAACAAAACGUGUACCGCCUUGGGUCCCUGGACCAGGAUUGGGAAGCCCUCACCGGAGUCAGUGUGUGUGGAUAGGUGGAAGCAAUAUGGAGGAAAUAGCACUUAGCCUGUCCAGAGAUAUAACUGUAUAUCUAAUACCUAUGGAAUGUUUUGAUUUGAUUUACAUAGGUGUUAGUAGGACGUGUCAAAUAUCCUUAGACUGAUGAGAUACUUACACUAUUGCAACUUUGCUUUUAAAUGUUCUUCUUAUACACAUUAAUACAUAUCAUAUAUUAUUGCAUACAUUUGCUUGCUCAAUUAGACUUUGAUAAAUUACAAUUAUUGAUGCCUUUCAAAUUGAUCAAUUGUACUUUAUUGGUUGCCUCUAUUGGAUGAGAAGGUGUGUGUGUGUGUGUGUGUGUGUGUGUGUGUGUGUGUGUGUGUGUGUGUGUGUGUGUGUGUGUGUGUGUGUGUGUGU